GAAGGCGGGUAUACCGUGUAUAAAAGAGAUGUUACAGUCAUAGAUAUAGCUUCGUCGGGAAGCAAUUUUUCAGAGAUUUUCCUGAAGUGCGCUUUUGUUGCGAAGAGAUCACUCAUCACAAUGACCACUGCUACUGCUGGUUCAUGUACGGUCAUAGAUGGGAAUGAUUACCAGUGGGAUAAGAGAACGCACAAGCUUUAUUCAAAGAAUGAAAUUGGCAACGUACCAGGUCACUACUUGCAUUUCGAUGGCAGUUUGUUGAAAGCAGAUGGAGACGGCAAGAACAACGGUGAGAAAAAAUAAUAAUAUGGUGUUAAGAAGAUUGCUCGUCAAAGAUAUCAUACUUUAUCCUUCGGUUUUCGAGAAUAUUCGCGUAAGAAUUUAUAAGCGUUGUUAAACAAGGGUAGGUAUGUUUUAAGUCCCGGUUGAUAUCCUUUGGAAGCAAUUUAUUGUUAGUCAGUGAAACGGUAUAUUAUUACCAUUAUUACCAUUGCUGUUAUCAUCAUCAGUGUCAUUCAGGUUAUCAUUAUUGUGUCAUCAGUAGUUCGUAUAACAACAUCCUCUAUUUGGGGCCAAAAUAUGCACGGAUAUUUGUCCACGGACAUUACCUGUUCCAAGAUGCGAACAGUUUUCCGAGAGCGAAGCUGUUGACUAUUCGCUGGUACGACUUAAUGAACAAAAAAAUAUAUCCCUCCUUAUGUAACAACCACAAAACGUUCUCUCAGAUCUUGAAUCAAAUUUUAAACGAAGACUUAUCGUGGUGGACGAAAGGUUUGAAAAUUGGAGAAUAUCACGUGGGUGGGAGAUAUUCAGUCAUGGGAUUCGUUUAGACCAUUCGCGCACGACAUUAACAUCAUUUUUAAUACUAUCAUUAAUAUUAGGUUUAUCCACAUUAUUCAUAGCGGCUAACGAAAGUGUAAUCCUGGGUCUUCAACUUUUUCGAGUGAAUUAAAGCCACAUUAUAGCAAUAUUUUGUGAAUCGUCAACGAAUGUUUGAAUCAUGAAGGGCAAGAAGAGAAUAUCAGUUGUUGAUUUUCUCUUGAGGGCAUUUAAUAUUUCAUUUACUAUGAAGGCUCUUUAUCCUUUUUUUUAUAGCUAGUUUUAUAUUCCACGAAGCCCAGGAUGUGGACAACGAGGAUGUAACUAUUGUUAUUCUGGAGCACGAAGAAUCUCACAAAGUUGUGGCCAUUAACACAGAGGAUGACAAAGUCACUCUAGAGGUGCGUGACUGAAACCAUUUCAGUCAGCUAGAAAUUUAAUCAUCUUUGGUCACUGAUCAAAGAACUUUUAAACUUUGUGGUGAAAUAAAUUCGUUUGACUCUCGAUGAAGUCCAUUCCGAUGUGGAUCGGGGUGUUUUGACGGUAUACUGCAAGACCUCUUAAGGCGAUGGAUAAGGUGACGCCUGUCCAGUCGCUUAUCAAAUGACUUAAUUAUGAGACAAACGAUUAAGAUUCACCGCAAGUACGACGAAUAACCGUAAGCUUCCCUACAAUUUCAACUCUUUAAAUGAAUAAGGAGGCUUAAAUUUACAUAUCAUAAUUAUCAUCUGUUUUGCCUGUGCGUGCCAAUCGUCCAAUUGCCCGGAGAGUUAACAUUUACACUCAAUUUCAAUUCAUUAUCUAUCGAUCGGAUCUAUCGCUUAUGCAUGAUACAAUACAGAUUGAGUUACAGCUUUGAUUUUGGACUAAUUUUUGUCUAUUCUGAUAGGAUCCGCCAGUGUCUCUAAGUCAGCUCACUAAGAGGGGCAUAGACAAGUCCCAUCCGAAAAUUCUGUUUCACAAGAUAUGGCGGGCAAAAGGUAGUGAUGAGUUUUACUUUAAGUCACUUCUGGAUGGUGCACAGCGAAUUGUUGGAUUUGACGAAAAGGGCAAGCCAAUGAAUACUACUGGAGUAAGGCCACGUCAAUUAGCAAGUCUCUUCGAGAUACGCUGAGUUAAUAUUUCCAGUUAGGCGCUGUCAACUUUUCUCAACUUUUAACACAACUUUCAUGUUAAAUUUAUUUUAAAUCAGAAACGUCCCUUGCGACAAGUAAUAACACCUAGUAACAAAAUUGUUAUCCAGGAAACGCAUGUUGGAUAAUUGGCG